GAGAGGCAGAGUGAUAAAUAAAUGAUAAAUCGACGGCGAUGGAUGGACCCGAAAUUUGAAGACUUGUGUAUCUCUUUUUAAUUAUUUUUGAAUUCCAAUCAGACACGCACUCAUUAUAACAAAUAACUUGAGUUACUGUCUGCAACGAGUUAUCUACGAGUUAUUAAUAAUUUUAAACAGUGACGGUGUCAUUACGGCAAUAAUUUUCCUCUAUACUUCGGUAGCUCGUCCCCACUUUAUCCUGACCUCGGUUGUUAUAUCAAUUCGAGUUAGCAACGCAGUUGGUGUUCGUCGGUUGAUUCACACAGUUUUAAAACCGUAGAACCAACUGGUGAUGAUUGUUAAAGGGAUUUUAGGAGUUCUGCUGGCCAUUGGAGCCUCUUAUUAUUUCGUAGGUCCGAUCCUGCUGAACGAUAAGCCCCAUGAGGUCCCAAAACUGGUGGAAAAAAAUUGGGGACCUGCUGGAGUCAAGGAGGACUCUUCCAUCAGACCAUUUAAAAUCGAUAUCCCGAAGGAUGUAAUCGUGGAUCUGCAGAAAAGAUUAUCCAACACCAGGGAGUUGACCCCACCCUUGGAGAACACCGGCUGGACAUACGGAAUCUCGGGGGCAUCCCUCACGAAAAUUCUCGAUCACUGGAGAAAUAAAUACGACUGGUACAAACGGCAGGAGUUGCUCAACAAGUAUCCGCAGUUUCUAACGAGAAUUCAAGGUCUUGACAUUCACUACAUCCACGCCAAACCAGCGAAAACGGUUAGCAAUGGCAAGACCUUGAGGGUUCUUCCACUCCUAAUAGUGCACGGAUGGCCAGGAUCGGUUGUCGAGUUCCAGAAGAUCAUCCCAAUGCUGACGACUCCACGACCUGAUGCUGAUUUUGUCUUUGAAGUCAUUGCCCCCUCAUUGCCGGGAUAUGGAUUUUCACAGGGGGCAGUUCGUCCAGGUCUUGGACACGCCCAGAUCGGCGUGAUUUUCAAAAAUCUGAUGACUCGCUUAGGAUUCGAUAAAUUCUACACGCAAGGCGGGGACUGGGGAAGUGCAGUGACUUCGGACAUCGCGAUAUUAUUCCCAGAAAGGGUACUGGGAUCGCAUUUGAAUAUGUGCUGGGUAUCCGGUGGCCAGGCGAUGUUCUGGCAAGUCCUGGGGUCUUUCUUCCCAUCUCUCGUUGUCGACGCCAAAUAUGCGUCGAAGAUGUACCCCAUGUCGCAGCAUUGGUCCAGGACAAUCGAAGAAUCUGGAUACUUCCAUCUGCAAGCGACUAAACCGGAUACCGUAGGGGUUGGCCUGAAUAAUUCACCGGCGGGUCUUGCCGCCUACAUUCUGGAGAAAUUCAGCACCUGGACAAAUCCAGAGUACAGAUUCCGUGAGGACGGUGAUUUAUUAGAUAAAUACACAUUAGACGAACUUCUUGACAAUGUCAUGAUUUAUUGGGUGACUAAUUCCAUCACUACAAGUGUCAGAUUGUACGCCGAGAGUUUCAGCGCGGAGAAUCGCAAUAAAUUCGAUCACCUCCAGUCGUAUGUACCAACGGCAUGUGCUGUUUUUCCUCAUGAAAUCCUCUACAUAUCCGAGAAAAUCGCUAAACUGCGGUUCAAAAAUUUAACCCAAUUCAACCAUUUGCCACGUGGGGGGCACUUCGCUGCCUUCGAGGAACCGAAAAUUCUCUCGGAUGAUCUGUGGACGUUCGUGAAAAACCUUGAAAAUCCUUGAAAUUUUAUAUUUUUUAUUUUUCCGAUUGAGAAGUAAGAGAACACAACCGAUUUUAUAUUUUUUAUAAUGAACACUGAAUUGUAAAUUUCUAAAUAAAAUGGGGAAGAUGGAAUAUUCUCAGGAAAA